AUGGGUAGAAGAGCUAAGAAUAAACAGGGUGUUCCACCUAGCUUUGAUGAUUUCCAAGCAAAGCAACAAAAGAAGGAUUCAAAGAGAAAGAGAUCUAAUUCUACAUCUGAACCAAGCCAGUCUGUGAAGAAGACUAAAGAUGCGAAGAAACCUGAAAUUUCUAAGACUAAGGUGUCCGCUAAGGCUAAACCAGUUCAAAAAGAGGAACCAGAACUUGACAACGAAGAAAUAGCACACGCAAAGAAAUCAUUGUUUGAUGAUUCGGACGAAGAAGGCCUUGAUGAGCUUGAAGAAGAAAUAGAAGACGAUGAAUUUGACAUAGACAAUGAAGAUGGUGAAGACUUCGAAGAUUCUGAUGAAGAAGGCCGCGAAAAGCCAAUGUUCUCUGACGACGAAGAAGAUAUAGAAGGGUUGAAUGCUGCUAAUAUGGAAGCAUUAUCGAGAAAGUUAGAUGAAGAAGAAGCUGAAGAGGCAGAAGAAGCAGAAAGGGAAUUAUUAGAGGGUCAAGUAGACCAGCCUAGAGCUAAGGUUUUGCCUACUGCCGAAGAAGAAGAAGAGAUGGCUAGUGGUCCACAAGACGUCACAAUGACUAGAACCAGAAUGAUUGAAAUCGUGAAGGUUUUGGAAAAUUUCAAAGAAAUGGCAGAGGAAGGUAAAUCAAGAGCAGAAUAUGUUGAUAGAUUGCUCAAGGAUAUUUGUGAAUAUUUCGGCUAUUCUGAGUUCUUAGCCGAUAAAUUAUUCAACUUGUUUUCUCCAGCUGAAGCAAUGGAAUUUUUUGAGGCCAAUGAAAUCGCCAGACCAAUUACCAUCAGAACUAAUACCUUGAAGACCAGACGUCGUGACUUGGCACAAACUUUGGUCAACCGUGGUGUUAAUUUACAACCAAUUGGUUCUUGGACCAAGGUUGGUUUACAAAUUUUUGAUUCUCAAGUUCCAAUUGGUGCAACCCCGGAAUACUUAGCGGGUCAAUACAUUUUACAAGCUGCAUCUUCAUUUUUACCAGUCAUGGCAUUAGACCCACAAGAGAACGAACGUAUCUUGGAUAUGGCCGCUGCUCCAGGUGGUAAGACUACUUACAUUUCUGCAAUGAUGAAGAAUACGGGUUGUGUCUUUGCCAAUGAUGCUAACAAGGCACGUACUAAGUCUUUGAUUGCCAAUAUUCACAGAUUAGGAUGUAAAAAUACUAUUGUUUGUAAUUAUGAUGCGAGGGAAUUUCCAAAAGUCAUCGGUGGGUUUGAUAGAAUCUUAUUAGAUGCACCAUGUUCAGGUACAGGUGUUAUUGCUAAGGAUGAAUCUGUCAAAGUAAGCCGUACUGAAAAGGACUUCAUGCAAAUUCCUCAUUUACAAAAGCAAUUGUUGUUAUCAGCAAUUGAUUCAGUUGAUGCCAACUCUGCAACUGGUGGUGUUAUAGUAUACUCCACAUGUUCCGUUGCUGUUGAAGAAAAUGAAGCAGUUGUCGAUUAUGCUUUAAGAAAGAGACCAAACGUCAAGUUAGUUGAUGCUGGUUUACAAAUUGGUAAAGAGGGAUUCACAUCUUAUCGUGGAAAACAUUUCAACCCAAGUAUUUCAUUGACUAGACGUUAUUAUCCACACACCUAUAACGUUGAUGGUUUCUAUGUUGCCAAAUUCAAGAAAAUUGCUCCUUCGCCACAUGAUGUUUCUAAGGCCGGUGCUAAAGAAAAAGAAUCUUUAGCUAGAUCUGAAGCAGAAGAAGAAGGUAUUAUUCACGGAGACUUUGCUGAAUUCGAUGAUGACGCAGAUAAAGAGAUUAUUGAUCAAACAAUUAAGAGAAGCUUAAAGAGAAAGGGUAUCAAUCCAAAUACCAGGAAAUAA